AUGGGAGAAAUCAUGGUGGAUAACUUCAACCUUGAAGAUUUCUUCAGUGGAGAUAUUGAUAGUUUCAAUUACAGCUCUAACCUGCCCCCCAUUCUACCAAAUGCUGCCCCAUGCCACCCUGAAAACCUAGAAAUCAACAGAUACGCUGUGGUUAUAAUAUAUGUCCUGGUAACCCUGCUGAGCCUUCUGGGAAACUCCCUGGUGAUGCUGGUCAUCUUAUACAACCGGAGCACCUGCUCUGUCACUGAUGUCUACCUGCUGAACCUAGCCAUUGCUGACCUCUUCUUUGCCCUGACCUUGCCUGUCUGGGCUGCGUCCAAGGUAAAGGGCUGGACUUUUGGCACAGCCACGUGCAAGAUAUUCUCAUUCGUGAAGGAAGUUACCUUCUACAGCAGUGUCCUGCUACUAGCCUGCAUCAGCAUGGACCGCUACCUGGCGAUCGUCCACGCCACAAGCACACUGAUCCAGAAGAGACACUUGGUCAAGUUUGUAUGCAUAACCAUGUGGGUACUGUCAGUAUUUGUGUCCCUGCCCAUCUUAAUUCUCCGUAACACCGUUAAGGCAAACUCUUUUACCCUAGUCUGCUACGAAGAUGCAGGGAACAACACAGCCAAGUGGAGGGUGGUGCUGCGCUUCCUGCCUCAGACCUUCGGCUUCCUCAUCCCACUGCUGGUCAUGCUGUUCUGCUACGGGUUCACACUGCGCACGCUCUUUAAGGCCCACAUGGGGCAGAAGCACCGGGCCAUGCGGGUCAUCUUCGCCGUUGUGUUGGUCUUCCUGCUCUGCUGGCUGCCCUACAACCUGGUCCUGUUUGCAGACACCCUCAUGAGGACCAAACAGAUCCAGGAGACCUGUCAGCGCCGCAAUGACAUUGACAGGGCCCUGAAUGCUACCGAGAUCCUUGGCUUCCUCCACAGCUGCCUUAACCCCAUCAUCUAUGCGUUUAUUGGCCAGAAGUUUCGCUAUGGACUCCUCAAGAUCAUGGCUACUCAUGGCCUUGUCAGCAAGGAGUUCUUAGCCAAGGAGGGCAGGCCUUCUUUUGUUGGCUCAUCUUCAGGGAACACCUCCACUACCCUCUAA